AUGGCACAGUGCGACUCGUCUGAGGAUGAAAUGGUUAUCAGCCGGAUACUCUUCCUUUCCACUUACGAUACGAACAUGGACUUUGAUGCCCUGAUCAACAAGCAUUCUCUAGGAGAUAACGUCAACUAUCAAAUCCUCCGACACUCUAAGCAAUUUCCGAAGUCUGGCAGGAAGCCUCUGCCACAAAUCGAUGAAUUGGCGCUUAUUGACACGCUGAAGCUGGUCUUCAACGUUGCCAAGAUCUAUCCAGAUUUAGCGCCUACGUUCUCGACGUCAAUUCCCUAUAUAUUCAAGAUUAUCAGUCGUAUUGAGAUUCCGCUCAAGCCUCUCGAUGGCCUCCUUGGUACGCUUCUGAACUGCUUGUCGACCCUGGAUCUUGAGAACAAGAAUGGCAAGCCCUUUGAUGGCAGUCCUCUUUUCCCCACCUUCAACCAAAACUGCAACGUCGAUAAGCUUAUCAACAUCUUGGAUCAGGCAACAUCGGCAUAUGAUCCUUUGGAGCUGGAAACGAAGAGCAUUCCCCUCCUCCACACCCUAGUUGUCAUUCAUGAGCUAGCUCCGGAUGGCCCUCGGAAAUACAUGCAAUGGCUUCUCUUGCCUGAUGACAACGACAGGAACCAGCCAAUCGGGCAAUCCGACACGCUUUCUUCAAAGCUACUCAAGCUGUCAACCAUGCCAUAUGCGAACCUCAAGGUCGCAAUUUCUGAGCUCAUGUUUGUUCUUUCUGGCAGUAAUGUCGAAAACUUAACGAGGAACAUUGGCUACGGAUUCGCCGCGGGUCUACUCGCAUCGCGGGGCAUAGACAUCCCUCAGUCCGCAGGCGAGGCAUUCUCAACAAAUUCAGAAGGCCUCGACCCCGAUGUCAACCCGAUCACAGGUCAAAGAUGGGACGCAGAGAAACCAGACACGGGGCCGCCGAUGACGAAGGAAGAAAAAGAACGCGAGGCAGAAAGGCUCUUUGUUCUCUUUGAGAGGUACGUUUGA